UCUACAUCGACCAAAACAAUGUUGGCCGCAGACCGAUGGAACGUGACGGCGGGGUACACGUACAGAAGAUCUAGAAUCAAGAAAUUUAUGCACUUCGUAUCCUUCUAGGAAACGAAAACCCCCAAUUUGAUUUCUGUCUAUAUAGGCAUAUGCUCCAAAUUGCUUAUCCUCAUUACCAAACCAAGUCUAGUUUCUUUGAUCCAAUCUAUUUGCUGGAGUUUGGGUGAAACUUUGAGUUUCCAUCUGCAGUUACAGGAAAAUUGUUAUUCGAAGCUUUCUGCAACAGAUUCAUGGAGUACAGUGCAUCAAUUAAGGGUUUACAGGCACCUCCUCGUCUUGUGAGCAAGUGUGCUUCUUCUGGGAUUUCACGGGUCAGUAUUGGAGCGAGGCCAAUGCAUUCCACAAGUAUUAGGGCAUUUCAGUCUCAAAGUCCUUCCUUUUCUUCAUCAUCAUCAUCAUCAUCAUUGUAUGAUGUUCUCUGUAUCUCUCCUGACGUGACUGCGCCUGAUAUAAAGAGCGCAUAUCGUAGGAUGGCUCUUAAAUACCAUCCUGAUGUCUGCCCUCCUGAAGAGAAGGAAGAGUGUAGCAAAGUAUUUCUUCAAGUUCAGGAGGCUUAUGAGACUCUGUCGGAUCCUCUGCUCCGCCAGGAUUACGAUUGGAGAGUGCAGAACAUUUUCACAGUAGGUGAUUACGAAGGCGGAUUAGGGAGUAGUGAGGUGUGGGAAGCUCAGCUGAUGGAGUUAAUUAGAAGGAGAUCGAGAAAUAACUCGUCGUCAUGGGGUAGCAGAAUGAGAAGUCGAAACCAACAGAGGGCUUAUGCUUGCUGAUGAUUAUAUCGUGAUUAUAUUGAGUUAUUUGAGAGUUUCUUGUAAAUUGGAUUGUAAAAAGGGGCGUUUGAGCGCCUUCUAGUUGUGUAAAUAUUAUUACCUUUUUCUGUUAA